AUGCGCGCAAGCCGGGCCUCUGUCCAGGAGAGCGAUUCGACCGACAGCGACAGCAGGCGGCUGCCUCUCGACGCUGGCCAGGACAGAGCGCAUCAUCAGCACACCACGCGCAACAAGGAUAUCAUCCUCUACACUGCUGUCCACAACACCGAUGACAUCAAAAGCCAAGGCCGGUACCAGUGCGACGAUGUGGACCAGGGAGACAUGGGCGCGCUCGUCUGGCUGUCACGGCUCAUCGAGAGCGGUCAGGAUGACAAGCACUCGAGGCAGCACGCCAUCUUCGCGACCUCCAUCGGCCGAGGAGGAGCACAGAAGUACCGACACCAGCGGCCUGGCGGCGAUGCUGGGCUGCUCGAUCUGUCGUCGGCCGUUCGGCUGACCGAUAGCUCAGCCCAGGGCCAGCUGGGCUCGCGGAUCGCGCAGGUCAUCACGCACGUGACGACCCUCGACCUAACCGGCCACGGGUUCGACCACUUCCCGGAGGAGCUGCUGCGGCUGACGAGUCUGCGCAACCUGUGCCUGGCCGACAACCGAAUCGAGGAGCUGCCGGCCGGUAUCGAACGCCUCAGCCUGCUCGAGCGCCUGGUGCUGCGCAACAACCGGCUGACGUCGCUGCCCCUGGAGCUGGGUCACCUGGAGAACAUCAGGGAGCUAUGUGUCUGUGGAAACUUGAUCGCGCACGUACCCACUGCCGUCGGCCAGCCCUACCGAUUGCCCGAAUUGCGCCCGCUGUCAUUCAUGAAGGAUCGCGAGGCCAAAUGCAGUGUCAAGCUGGUGAUGAUCGGCGACCUGGCGUCCGGCAAAACGGACAUGGCCGUGACCUACAUCCAGGGCAAGUCACCUCGAAGGCCGCGAGAGAGCGCCAUCGCGUCGGCCUUUUCCUCCACUGUAGUGCCCCGGGGCCGCAUGCACGCCCCAGUCACGGUCUCUGUCUACGACACUUCAGGCCAAGAGGAAUUCGAAAACAUCCGGGUGAUGUCGUACGAGAAAGCCGACGUCUUCAUCGUCACCUAUUCGGUGGUCGACCCGCCCUCUUUCCACAGCAUCCGCGACGUGUGGUGGCCUGAGAUUCACGGCCUGUACCCCGAGGUACCGGUCGUGCUUGUGGGCACCAACUGUGGCCGCCGGGAGGACAAGCGGACGCUCCAGAAACUCAAGCUGCAGAGCCUCCGACCAGUCCGGGUGGAGGAGGCGCACGCACUCGCCGCCGAUAUGGAGGCUGUGGCCUACUUCGAGUGCGACGUAUCGCAGAGCGAGGGCGUUCGCGCGGUCUUCGAAGAAUGCGUGGAGCUCAUCCUCGCGUUGGCCGAUCACGACCAAACGAGAGCGCACAGCGGCAGCAGGAUCGGAAGGAAGCGAACCGAUGACGACGAGCCGACGGGGUGCUUCCCGUUCCUUGUGCGGCAGACGAGCGGCAGCCCGGCAGCCCGGCAGCCCGGCGGAGGGCGGACACCUGUUGACGUCAAAGGCGUGCUCGCGCCGGUGGAAGGCGCGGAAGUGAGUUCUCGACCCUCGCCCACGCCGACGGAGUGGAACGCACGGUGGCUGGAGCGCGAACGAAAGCGGCGGCGAGGGCAAGACGCGUGCUACUACCAAUCGCACCAGCUAGCAGACUACCACCGCCUAGGUGGGAAGACAGAGACCCACACAAACACCAAGGAAGACAAAGGAAAGGAGAAAGUGGCGCAGGAAGAAGAAGCGGGGCGACCAGAGCGGAGCAAGCGAACGAGGAGCAGAGAAGAAAGACGAGAGGAGAGCAGUACCGACGGGCUGCCAGCAGACGAGCCAAGCGGUGGCAACGUGGUUCGUCCGCCCGAACCGCAGCUGAGGAAGAAACGGAGCUUGCGGCGGCUGCUGGCUGCCGUCUCCCUCCGGCAGCUGAAGCCGGACCCUACACCGUCCGUCGUGUCUUCCGCGCCGCCGUCCCUCUCCGUACUGCCGGCCAGCCCGCCCGGCAAGAAGGUCGGGUGGACCCAGUUCGGCGACGAAGCAGUGCGCCCAGGAGACGCCAGGCUCAGCUCAGACUGA